AUGGUAAAAGAUAAUUUGGGGGAACUUGGGGAUUUUUGUAAAACAUUCCAGCCAGGAGACUGUUUUGCCUUCCAAGUGACCAGCUUAGCCCAGUUCCCUGUAAGAGCUCUGGGACCCCCUGCGAGCUGGCUCACGGUGGCCACUAGGCUACUUCUAAAGGGGUCUAGAGACACGUCACAGCUGAGCUGCAGUGGGGGAGCAGGGAGGGGAUUGGGCAAAUCCAGACCGGGCUCACGGCUGUCACCUUGGGCUUCUGAUGUCAGAGGUCGUGGUUCCUUCCACACAGCCUCCCGAGCAUUGGAGGUGGCGGUUUAG